CAAAUUCAAAGACCAAAUGGCCAGAUAUAUGACUUUAUAAAGAGUAAGUACUACGGUACUUCCUAAAAAGGAAAUGACUACUAAAGGUUCAAUCGAGUAAAAUUCGUUCCAGGUUCAAUUGAAGAGCUGUCUCUGUUUUUCUCCUAUCUCACCAAUCCACGAUCUUCAUGAAUAAUCUAUUCCCUACGUGCGCACAAAAACUUCUGAAAACCCUAAUGAAGAUGCGAACGGGCUCACAAGUUUCUGCAUCAAUGUGGUUUGUCUCAUAGGAGGUUAUGGAUCAUCAGUAGAGUAGGCCUUGUGAAUCUGUGAGCAGAUUCGAGUUCGAGAACAAGAUCAAUUUUUCUUUACCUCUCGAUGUCAUGGAAGCCCCUUCACCUGCCUCUGAUCCUGUGAUCAAGUACAUUAACCAGAUACUAUUGGAGGAGGACAUUGAUGAGAACAGUCACAGCAUGUUCUAUGAUCCUGUUGCUCUUAGAGCUGCUGAGAAUUCCUUUUAUGAAGCGCUGCAUGAGAGCCCUUCAUUGCCUUCUCAAAAACCUCUAUUUCAUAACAAUGGUGCUGAUACUACAACUGAAAGCACCAUUGGUAGUUUUAACACAUACCAGAUUGUUGGUCCGGAAGAAUCCAAAUCAUAUCUGGACAGUGGUCCUCCAGACUUAUCUUUCAAGUCAUCAAGCCGAACUAAAUCAGAUAGCCUUAACACGUAUUCCUCCAGAAGAUAUAAGCACAACCAUCCGCGUGAAUGUGGAUUAGAAGAAGAAGAUGAUGAUGAAGAAAGGAACAGCAAGUACUCUGCAGUUUAUAAUGUGGAGGUUGAGUUAUCAGAGAUGUUUGAUAAGGUUUUGAUCUGUACUGAUAAUGUCAUAGUUGGUGGCAGGGGCAUCAUGAAACAGAAGGGGGAAAGGGAGAGCCAUUCUAAGAAACAGAGUCCUACUUCUGAAGUCAUAGAUCUAGGGGCUCUUUUAAACAACUGUGCACAAUCAAUUGCUUGUUUUGAUAAUACGGCUGCAAAAGAACAAUUGAAGAAGAUCAGACAACACUCUUCGCUUGCUGGCGAUGCGGUUCAAAGGAUGGCACAUGCAUUUGCUAAUGCCUUUGAGGCACGGCUUAAUGGAACUGGCCCACAACUUUCUAUACCGUUUGGUUCAUUCAAAAUGACUUCUUGUGGUCUGUUGAGAUCUCACUUCAUAUCUUGGCCAGUCAUGAGAAUAUCAUAUUUCGUUUGGAAUACAAUGAUUUGUGAAAUAGCGUCAAAAGGUACAUCAUUGCAUGUCAUAGACUUUGGCAUUUCUUUUGGUCUCCAGUGGCCCACUCUUAUCCGCGAUCUUUCACGAAGACCGGGUGGCCCACCUAAACUUCGAAUAACCGGAGUUGAGCUUCCCCAACCUGGUUUUCGUCCAGAGCAGUUGGUAGAAGAGACAGGUUGCCGCUUGGCGAAAUACUGCGAGCAUUUUGGUGUGCCGUUCGAGUACAAUGCCAUAACAUCGAAGAAUUGGGAGAAAAUUAAGAUUGAUGAUUUGAAGCUUGUGAGGGGUGAGGUGGUUGCUGUUAAUUGUGCGUAUCGGUGGAAAUCCCUAAUGGAUGAGACAGUUGGGUUGGACAACCCGCGGGUUGCAUUUCUUAACCUAAUCCGGGAAGUAACUCCACAGAUUUUUGUUCAAUCUGUGCUCAGUGGAUCUCAUGGCUGCCCUUUCUUUCUUACUAGAUUCCGAGAGGCUCUGUCAUUUUACUCUACUAUCUAUGAUUUGUAUGAUUCCACUUUACCCUGUGAUGAUGAUAGGUUUUGUUUCGAACAAGAAGUCUUAGCACCCGAGAUAAUGAAUAUCAUUGCAUGUGAGGGUGUUGAAAGGUUUGAAAGACCUCAAACAUACAAGCAAUGGCAAUCACGCAAUAUAAAGGUCGGGUUCAAGCCCAUGCCCAUGAAGAGUGGGCUUUUGAAGAAGUUAAGAGGUAAGGUGAAGGAGGGAUAUCACAAAGAAUUUGUGUUGGAUGAAGACGGUCAUUGGAUACUGCAAGGGUGGAAAGGUCGUAUUAUAUGCGCCAUUGCUUGUUGGGUACCUGCAUAAUAAACUCGGAGUUAUUUUCAUGAAUUUUGACUCGCUAAGAAAAUUAUCCCCAAGGUGAGAUAUUCUAGAACAUCAAUCGGGAUGAUUUUGCUAGUUCCCGUCUUUCUCUAUAAGAUUGUAUGCAUCCUUGCACCAUCGAUUAAGAUAUCAAUUAUGUCAAUUUUUUUGUAAAACUUCUUAACCUAUUAUAGUAUUUGUUUUAUGUUAAGACCAGCAUCUUUGAACUGAGAUGCGAUUCG